CACCGACAAAAUAAUAAAACCUCUGCUUUGCUCGCCCGUGGAUCAGUGUAAAUAAGAACUUGGGACAUUUUGAGUUCGGUAAAGAUAACACAAGUAACACUGUCAAUGUCAUCUUUCAUGCAAGAAAGUAAGUAAACAAAUCGUGUGAAUUUCCUUGGAAGUUCCAGGUUAUCCGCGUGUUAUGAUAUUAAUUUAUUAUUUUUUCUAAUUUUGUUAAUCAUCAUGGGGAAGCGAAAAACCCAAGAGAAAAAGAAGAAAAUAACUCUGGUAUUCGAUGAGAAUAAGAGGAAAGAGUUUCUGUGCGGUUUUCGUAAACGAAAAUUAGAACGAAAGAAAAAAGCACAAGAGGAACUACAGAGAUUAUUAAAAGAGGAAAAGAAGAGAAUAAAACAAGAGAACAAGGAAGCAUACAAAAAGCUUGUAGUAUCGAGCAGACCUAUUCCAGAUAUAGAACAAUUAUUACAAGAAGAAUAUGAAGAUGAGGAUGUUAAUGUGAAGAUAGUGGAGUUAUCUACUGACACUCUGCAAAAGAAAGAUUUAGUUAUUGGCGAAAAUAGACCUAAAGUAAAAGAAGAAUCCAAUAAAACAUUGACCAAAAAGAAAGAAAAUGGUGUUCACACACAUGAGAUUCCAGGCAUGGGCUCUGAAUUGGAAAGUGAAGCAGAAGAUUUGUCGCCAGAGGAUCCUUCAGAAGACAAAAUUAAAACAAAGAAAGAAGUGAAGAGAAUGCUUAAAAAACAAGCUACUAAGAAAAUACAGAAGAGUAAAGUUUUCCAAAUGAAGAGUAAAUUGGAUAGAGUGCAAAAUAAAAAGAAGUCUAUGAAAAAGAAAGGGCACAGUAAUGGCAACAUGGAUCACAAAAAAUCUAAGAAAAAAGUUGGAAGAAAAAAACAUUGACCAUUGAAAUUUUUAUAUAUAAAUUUAUGAUAGUAAUUAAUUUAUGCAUUACAUAUUGCUGUUUUUUUGUUUCCUUUUAGAGAUUUCCGUAAUAUGCAGUUAUACUAAAGUUUCACAACUAAGAAAUUUGCAUAGCAAAAUAAAAUUCUAUAUUUUAGAAAUAUUUUAGUUCUAUUAGGACUAAGACAACAAAUGUGGGAUCUGUAAAAUAAAACUGAAUACACCAUUAAAAUAUUA